GAGAAAAGCGUAUCGUGACCUUGAUUGAGUAACCCGCACUAUCCUUUCGGCAUCGAUGAUGUUUUAUGCCGCCUUCUCUAUUUAACGGCACUCAUCAUGGAUUCCUCAACAUACACAACUGACAUGCGCACGGGCAUAGUGCCGAGAGACGCCUUGUCAGCAUUGACUUAUGGAGCGAAACCCGAUGCUUAGUUCGUUUAGCUGGCAACGUACAGCAUAUCAUUUGUGAUUCUAUUCUUACAUAAAUUGUCUUGGCGCAGCCGGCGCAUCAAUAGGAAUGCUCGGCACAAAUGUCCGGCGUUCCGGUCAUAAGAUGCAGGCGCAAACGAAUCGGACCCGCAUGGCUUGGAAUCUGCGAUCGUUAUGCGGCAGCAUAUGCACCUACUUACGCGCGGCAGACAACACAUCCGACAUGCAUUCUCGAAUCUGCUAUUAGGUGGGAGGAAUCGAUUUCUAUUUAUUUAUUUGAGUCCAGACUAGGAUCAUGAGGCGACGUGAUACCAGACCAUGCACCGCAGCGUAUCGUAUCAAGAUAUAACAUGUUUGAUGCCUGGGACGUGGUUCUCCCUCUGUACCGGUUUCUCGUCCUCCGGUUGAUACCAUGCGGUACAGCUGCCUACGAGCUCUCGGCGAGACCAAUCGGUGAGAAGAUAGACCUCGAUUUUCCCAUAUGCUGUUCGCCCCGCAAUGCGAGCAGCGUAUAGCACAUGGAGGUACGGUCACACGAAAGGUUCCACGAUGGCGAUGAGCUUGCUACCCUUAGCAU